GAAGUAGAGGAAAUUACAUUCCUUCGAUUAAGUGAUCUAAAAUUGGUUCAAGACUCAGUCCAAAAAGGCUACAAAUAAUGAAGAAAAUUUGUAAGCAAGUCUUCGGAUUGUUACAGCUCUUUUUUAUCAUUCAACUCGCUUUCACGUUCAUAAUGUUCGUGGCGAUGUUGAUCCAUAAAGAUGAGCUAACAAAAAAGGACACAUCUAAGGAAGAACAACUCUUUCUCAAAAUAACUAUGAUUGCGUGCUGUUCGUUAGUUCCCACCACGUUUCUCAUCGUCUACUUGAUCGUCCAUAAAGCGCACACUUUUGACAUGGUUGGGAAUUUUCGUAUCUUGCAAGUUGGACCAUCUUUCAAGGUUGCAAUGUUAUCUUGGAUCAUUAAUGUGAUAGUGGUGAUUUUGAACGUCAUUGCUAUAGCACACUGCAAGGAUGCUAGUGGUUAUGCACCAUGGGAACUCACCUUGGUGUACUACUCCAUGUAUAUCAUUCAGCAAUCCUGUCAGAUCAAAUGCCUCUACAAGCUUGAAGUUCGUUCAAUGAUCAUCCGAGAAGGGCCAGACUGGCAUAGAUUCCGUCGAGCUAUGUUCAUCCUGAUGGCGUUAUUCAAUGCCUUAUCGUGGUUGAUCAGCCUCUCUGAUGUCGACUCCGUCUCGGAUCUCAAUAAGAACUGCAUGGAUGGCUUACUAACAGCAUCUGUCUUUAGAAUUGUACAUACGGUUGAUCGGGCCGCAAUCCUUGCUUUUCGUAUCGAAAGUACUUUGCUGUUUUUGAAGUUUUUCCAUCAAGAUCGACAGUCUUUGGAAGGGUUGACCAGAUCGGAAUUAGUUGUCACGCCAACAACGAUCUCUCACUCGGAAAUUGGAAAAGGACGGUGGAGUUCUGGGUUCCUCGCCGCGUGCUACUGCGGUAUAGCUAUUGCAUCAUUUGUUUUGAGUCCCCGCGGUAAAAACAAGCACCAACGCCUGGCUACAGCAGCUUGUUUGUUAACCUCUCUAACGUUAGCAAUAGUGUGUGUUAGGUUGAAGUGUAGUGGUUCCUCUAACAGAAUCCCAUGUGAACCAAACGACAACCAAGUUCCAGACUCUAAGGGCUUUGAGAAUGUUUCGGUUUAUAUCUCUGGUGAGAAAUUCCACCAUACGAAACUGUUGCUGUUUUAUUCAAUAGUGGCCGUUACGUAUCAUACAGUGCUAGCACUUCACUUGACCACAGUAACGCCUCACACUAAAGAAUCUUAUUACCAGAUAGCCAGAGAAUCCUUUAAAGCUUUUGGGUGCAUCUCCUUGGGGAUGUUUGGGAUGUGGAUGUGCCAUAAGAGGAGAAGAAUAAGGAGUUGGCGAUCUCUCCACGUAAUGCUCUGGAUGAUAGCAACAAUGUUUUUCCUGGACAUGGCAGAAGAGUGUGCUAACUAUGGUAUUGGUGACGAAUUCAUAUGGGUGACCUACGUUUUCCCUCUUGCCAUCGAUUUCAAGAUGUAUUUAUUCAUCCACACAUGGUCAGACCUAAUGGUAGCAAAGAACGAAUACCUGGUCGAGUGUGAAAACCUUCUGCGCAAUCGACGCGACGGUGGCCAGUCAGAGGGGUCCAGUAUUUUUACUACUGUGGGUUUGGGUCCAGGAACACCAUUGCUUGGAGGUCAACAGGGUUUGGACCUUUAUGGAAUGAGAAGAGAUACUGAAGUAUAAGUGAUAUCUUGAUUCUGCAGUUACUUGGAUAAAAGAAAUUCUGGCUUCCCAAUGGAACACACUCGGUAUCAUAUGUAGAUAUAAAAUAUUUGGGUCCGGAAAAUCAUUGAAAACCGAUCUACACUGAAUAUAACUUAGACUCAGGUCAAAUGUCGAACUUUACAUGAGCCGAACCCAAUUGAAACAAAGCGGUCUUCAUUAGGUUCGGCUCAUGCGGAAGUUCGACGUUGAAGUUUGUCUCCUUUGCAGCCAUCAUCAAUUUCUACCGUAUUCCUGUAAAUAUAUUGUAAGAAAAAACUCGCAGAUCUAUACUAAAAUAUGUAAAACUAUAUAAAUAAAACCUAGCCAAAAUGCUUAGUCAUUUUAUUAUAUCAUACAUGCCUCUCAAGGCCAUAUCAGAUAGCUUGUUUAUACAAGAUGACUUUGUCCUGUUUGGGCUUCCUGUUUCUCCAAGAUCCACAGGAAGUCAAGUAAGUGAAGCCUGUGUUUUUUUCGUACAACUAAAGCUAUAGCCUCCUACGCUACGUUCUUAGGGUGUCACGCAACGUUUCCCGUUCGUGGGGAGGGAAACGUUGCGUGACAGAUCCGAAAGACGUCUGUUAUUAGGUUACUAAAUCUAAAGCCCCGUUUAUACUAGCGUUUUUUUUGCGAUUUUUGCUGCGAUUUUUUUGCGAUUUUGUCCAUAAUAAAUAAUGGUAAAGAAUUUACUCGUAAAGUGUUUUUUUUUUUCAGGAUACCAAGAUUUUCCUAGACGAAUGUCUCUUUUGAAGGAUGAGAAAAAAAUUUUCAUAUUUCCGAAAAUUGACACAAAAAUUGCAGCAAAAAUCGGCAGUGUAAACGGGGCUUAAGGCAGAACGUAAGUCCUGGAGAAUAUAUAAUACAACUGCCGAUCUGACAAGUCACGUGACCAUGUUCCGCCAUGUUGGAUGACAACUAAGAAAAACUUUCCUUCAAUAUGCUGGAAGAUUGUGGUCUGAAUAUUGCGCAGAUGCUUGUCAGAACCUACGUCUUUGCUAUUAGUAUUCCAUCGAUAAGACGAAUAAACUUUACGCUAAGUUCCUAAAAUAGAGAUAAAAUUCAGAUAUAAUAUAAUGCAUCGUCUCCUUAUGUUUUUCCUUCUCCAGUAUUUUUUAUGCCUUUGAGAACCGCUUUAGAUUUGACAAUAAAAUUUAAAAUAAAAUAAAUUCGCGCAAGGGUAGUGCAAGUUCCAGAAGAAAACACUUCAGUAGAAUAGCCUCCUACGCUUCUAUUACCUAAUUAUGCUUCAAGAGAUACCUGGAAUCAAUAAAAACAUACUCAAGGGAA